AUGCUCCUCCUUCAAUCAUUUCUUCUUCUCCUACCUCUCUGGACCAUCGGUGUUCUAGCCACUGCCAUUCCACUGCAUGUUAGCGAUAUGCUCUCGGAGCAAAAGGCCAUCGCCGUCGACCAAUCACAACUUUCCGCGCCCAGCUCAACAAUCGACAUCACCUCAGUACCAUCCCAAUCACCCGAAUCGGACCACAAGAACCCCAUUCGCAAUGGUGAUCCCUAUGGCCUCUCGGACUUUGGCAUCGACCCCGCGCACGUCACCUCUGAACAAAUGCAGGCGCUGCGAGAAGCUGGCAUGAUUCGAGAGCUAGAUGAUGAAGUGUCGAGGUGA